AUGGAUCUAGCUACUCGUGAGACCGAUGUAGGAGAUGUCGCAACUGUUAACCAAAUAGUCAGUACCAAGCAAGUGGGGAAAAUUGUCACUGACGAUGCCAUCUUUUAUUUCAAAACCUGCUUCCUUAUUCUCCUGGGCGCCCUCUCUUCCAUGGGAGUGACAACAAACAUCAUGAACAUCACCGUGUACUGGAAGCAAGGGAUCAGAGACAGUAUCAACAUCACAUUUAUGGCGCUGUCCAUGUGGGAUCUGAACACUUGUCUGAUGUCGGGUCUGUCUGCGGUCAGCAAUAUCUUAGAAAUCUACGUCCCGGGUUCAGAUGUGAGCUUUAUAGCAAUUCAAUACGUGUAUUUUGGUUACACCCGAGGGUUUAUGUACGUCCUGUCUACACUUGUCACCAGUUAUCUCUCACUGGAAAGAUCCAUUUGUAUUAUGUUUCCCUUUAAAGUAAAAUCUAUAUUUACAGCCGGUCGUGUUGUCCUUAUCAACUUCAUUACUGCCCUAUUUGGUCUGGUCUGCUACUGUCCAGCUUGGGCAACGCAGGGAGUACAAUGGGUCUUUAACCCGAAGAACAAUCGGACUCGUUUGGUCUACUGGCUGUCAGAAAACAGACGAGACAUUGACUUGUUUGUUGACACAUUUAACGGCAUGGUGCUGCCCCUUCUGGCUCAGCUGCUGAUUACGAUCAGUGCUGUGUUUAUGAUUCAUGGCGUUCAGAAAUCAGCAAAGUUCAGAAAUCAAACUGUUGACAUAAAGACACCAGUAAUAUCAACUUCGAAUCGUGAACCUCCGCCAAUAUCAAAUGCAUCACUCUCUCUGAAGAAAUCUAAAAUAAUGACAAGUAAAGACAUCCGACUUACCAAAGUUGUAAUAUUGAUAACUAUUAUAUUUUUUGCAUGUAAUUUGCCAGUUUUUGUUGUUGCGUUUUUGCGAUGGUUAAUCCCAGAUUUGGACAUUGGCAAGCCUCAACAGAAUCUCUACGCGGUGCUUUAUGCAUUCGUUUAUCUGUUCGGCGUAAUCAACUCUUCAGUAAAUAUAUUUGUUUAUUACAAUGUAGGGACAAAAUACAGACAGGAGUUUCUGCGUCUUGUACAUAGUAUUGCGUGCGUAUUGAAAAAGCAAUAA